UUCCCGGCGGGUGUUGGAUGUUGUGCAACGGCUGACAGGGCGUCCCCAGCGUGUCCGCGCCCGCGGCUUUCUCCGGGCUCUCCGCAGGCGUCGUGCCCGCAUCCGUCACGCGUGGUGGCUCUCAGGGGCGCACCGCACAGGCCUUUGCCGGGCGCUGGGAGGGCGGGGCCCUACACCAGCGACAGCCUUAAAGGAAAACGUGUUAGGGACAAGGGCUGCCGUGGGCAGCCAGGGUUGUAGACUCAUUUGUGUUCUGAAUUCUGGUGGGGGUGGUGAUGGAUGCUGCCCCAGUUCACAGAAUUAUCUGACUGGGGAGGUAAAGGUACUUGAAUUGCAGGGACUGGUUUUGGCCCUGUGUCCCCUUUAUUUUGGCCCAGUGUGCUUCCAUUCGAGUAGUCUGUAGUGGAACUAUUUUUUUUUUUUUCCCCCAAAAAACAGUUAUUUGAAAACACGUGAUGGAGCAGAAUGAAAGUAGUAGGGAGGAAUUCCUGGGAAUUUGCCUUUUUUUUUUUUUUUUCUUUCUUAACCUUAAGGAGUUUCCACUUGUCGAUUGUGGCAAAAGAAGAGGUAUGGGAGACCUCACCUACAACAUCAAAAAUCACCUUUUCUAUUUGUUUUUCUGUUCGCUGGUAUGAGUAAAAUACCAAAUGAAAAUAAAAAGGUGAGGCCUAACAUAAGUUUAUUCCAAAUGCCAGUUUACUGUUGGAAAUACUAGAGGCAAAACGUGCAUGGCUUGGAAUGUGUGAAGGCCCCGUGAUGUGCCUAAUAAUAAUCUUGUCCAUUUUGAGCAGGAAAAAAAAUCAAGGUGAACUGAAGAAAGUAAGUUCCCAAAGCAGGCAGAAGAUGUUGGAAGAUGAGAUGUCAGAAGCUAAGGACAAUAGCAGUAGAGAUGAGGUUCUUGUCCCUCAUAAGAAUUGUGGGAAGAAUACUACUGCCCCAGGAAAGAAAGUAGGGGAGGAAAAGUCUCUGGCUCCUGUGUUUUCUGAGAAGUUAGUAUCACCAAGCAGGAGGGAAGCCAAGCUCAAGGACCAUAAGAGCCACCAGGAGAAUGAUGACUGGAACAGUGAAUUGGACCAGGAUGAGGAAGAUCAAAAUGCCAAAACACUUUUGCUCAAGAACCUGCCUGACAAAGUCAUUCCACAUGAAACACUUCUUGUGUUUGAGGAUGCUUUUCAAAUCAGAUUAGUGAGCAAAGAUGGGAUGAGUAAAAGAUGAAGGAAGCCUGAGCCUCAAAGAAGUGAGGUAACUUCCCAGGGUCGUAUAUCUGGGAAGUCACAGAGCAGACGCAGACCACCCGACUGCUCUUGCCCCACCCCCCACCCCCACAUGCUUUCGAGUUCACACUGCAGCCGUCUCUGCCCCGCCACCUUCUGUCACCCACAGCGCCCCCACGCUGGGUCCGCAGGCCCCCACGUCCAGACCACAGGAAGGGACACUGGGAGGGCGGGAAUCUGUGCACCCGCUGAAAAGACGGCCUGGGAAACCACACCCCAGAGGCUGCCAACCCAGGGGCAGAGGGGCUCGGGGUCUCAGCACCUGCGGGUGGCAGGUGGCGUCAGGUCUGCACAGCGGACACUGGGAGGCCUGCAGACUGCCCAAGGAACCCGGGUCACCCUGUCCGCUUCCUGGGCACACUCGAGAGGCCCGUGUCCCGGGCAAACUGCCUGGACUGUGCUCCGCAGGUGCCGCGGCCUCUCCCCGUUCGCUUUUGAGGCCUCUGCGGCCCCCGCCCUACCCUACCGCAGCUCCUCCAGCAAAGGUCCCCGAACCCCCCGAGGCUUCUGUGCCGCCUUGACAAUGGCAGCCCUCCUCUGCCACCGCGGAGAAGUCCCCGGAGCUCCUAGACUUUGGCCUCUUCUGUUCCCGCCGGGGGCUGCUCGGGAAGCACUCUCAGGGCCGGCCUCCAGCCUUGGGCUCCCGCCCGGGCCUCACCACGCGCCUUCCGCUCUCCACGGGGCCGCCUGGGGCCUGCUGCCCGCCACCCGCUACCCAGGGCUUCCUGCCGGCCGCCAGCACCACCUGACCCUCCGACGAAAGCCCAGCACUGCCCAACCCAGGCCUUCUGUAGGGUCCCCUCCUCUCCACGUAUGACCCCAUUAUCCCCACGUGGUCCCCCUCCUCCCCAUGGCUGCCCCCUGCCCAUGCAGGGUCCCCAUUUUCCUUGCGUGGGUUCGCCGCCCUCCCCAUGUGGGGUCGCAGUCCUCUCCAGGCUUCUGGAAGGCCAGUGAGCUGGAGACAAGCAUGGUCAGGGAGCCCCGGGAAGGCUGAGCAACGGCAGGAAAGGGACGGGCUCAACACAUUUCUGGGAAGUAAAGUGGCGGGAUCCUGAGGCAGCAGGAGUCCUGGCACCGCGGACCACAGUUUGAGAGGCCUGGCGCAAAAUGAAAAUGCAGGGCUCCUGCUCAGCAGUAACUCAGAGACAAGAUGGCGACAGCAGAGCUUACAGCCAAGCCCGGAGCCCCGCCAGGUGCAGGCCGCACACCUGCGAACCCGCCCUGCUGUAUCUGCGAGUCGGGCGCCCAGGGAGGCGCGAGGCUUUGGGGGCUGCCUGGAGAGGCCGGACCCCUUGCUUCCCCGGAGGCCGCUCCCGAGCUGUGCCAAAUCCGGACUGCCGCGGCGCUGCCACCUGCUGGCCAACUGGGGCCCCUGCCGCGCCCCUCGGAGAGAAGGACCUUGUGUGGAGUGGUCAAGCGGCUUGGUGACCCGGACCGUACCUUCGCAGAUGAGAAAAGAGGCGGGGAGGGAGCAUUCUGCAGGAGUUCACAUCGGCUACAGCACCCCAGUGACGGUGGCAGCACAUUACUGUCGCUCUUAAACUGUCCUGUGCCUUACGUCAGCAAGGUAGAGAUGAUGACCCCCACUAUAGGUAAGGAAAUGAAUUAAGAAUUGGAGUUUUCUGGCCGGCGUGGUGGCUCAUGCCAGUAAUCCCAGCACUCUGGGAGGCUGAGGAGGGCGGAUCACCUGAGG